AUGGACAGCUCAAGUGAUAAAUGGGCUCAGCAAUAUCUAAUCGAUCCUCUCAAUGCUCCUCAGCCGAGCGAAGAAACAGGUCCCGGAAGCCAUUUCAAAUCUUCCAUUCCACAAACCCAAUCGAGCAGUUUCGGGAGAAACAAUUCCACCAAGAAAACCGCCCAAUCAACCGUGUCUUCCUACCCAACACCUCCCUCCUCCGCUAGUCCGACCAAAUCCUCCUUUAGCUCCAACAAUCCCUAUUCAUCUCAUCGUCAAUCCGCUUUUGGCGGCUACUCCAAACCCAACAGUGGAAGCCUCCGCAAGAGUCUCGAAGAACCAGUGAGCGAUAAUGGCAAAGGACGUCGACGAGGUAGCUCACUAGGUGAACGCUUCCCCGGUGACAUGUCCCACAGACCUCUCGAUCAACUCCGUCAAGAAACCAAAACAGCAUAUCGAUCUCCGCAUCUUCGUAAGAAGCACAUUCCAGGUGCCGAUACCAUUGAUUCUCUCGAUCGUACUGCAAUCUGUGGCGCGUAUCAUCAUGGAGGCCCUUAUGAUGCUACAUUGAUGGCACGUAAUACAAGCUACAAGAAUUCCCCCGUGGCAGCGGUUGCGGAAACGAACGCGGAAGCGAUCAGAGCUACCCCGAGAGAAAAUAUUCAAGAUAGUUUGGAGAGACACAUUCCCUUAUCAGGAACAGCUGCAAUUCCUCCCGGAAUGCCGGGUCCAGAUGGUAGAAUUAUGAAUUACGAAGAAGGUGCAGAUUUGAUGAGGGAACCUGAUGCUGCUGGUGGUGCAUACAAGAGAUGGGAUCAUGUGAAAUACCUCCCCGAAGACUACAAAGGCAAAGGCGAACCCUCCUUCACCAUCGAAAAGGCCCUCAAAGACCACAAGCGCGCCCAAAAAUCCCACCGUCGCAACAUGUCCGACGGCAACUCCGCCUACGAAAUGCAAUCUCAAUCCUCCCCGUCCGCAUCAGGAUCAAGUCUGCGUCCCCCUCCCACAAACCGCCAAAGAAGCGCAAGCGGAGGUAACCUUGCGAGCGAUAGCAAAAACAUGACGACGACGAGCGGGAGAGCAAUGGAAACGGUGGAUUUUUCAAAUGAUGACGCGGGUGUAGGAAGUAGCAGAAGUAAUAGUGCGGGGAAAUCGCACAAGAUGGGUGAGGGUCUCAAGAGGAGAUUCGGGAGCUUGAAGAGGAGUUUGAAGGGGAGUGAGAAUUAG